GAGCCAACCUGUUGAACGUCAGUGAAAAGGGUGUUGGCCUCUGCCUUCCCUAAUCAAUAGACAGAUUUCACUGUUGGUGCCAACAAAGGUUUACGACGAGUAGUCCAGCUUUUAUUCUGCGCUUAUUCUUCAAGUGUGAAAAGGUUAGGAGCCGGUGCGUAGUCAGUGAUGGCAGGAGCUUUUGCAGCAAUCUUUCUCACAGCUGUGUCCUUUGUACUGGCAGAGGGAAAGGAGAAACCGGAGGAUGACCCUUUUACCUUUGACUAUCAUCAACUCCGUGUCGGCGGUCUGAUUCUGGCAGCAGUCUUGUGCCUCAUUGGAAUCACCAUUCUCAUGAGUGGACACUGCAGAUGCAAGUUUAACCAGGACAAAAAGAGGAGAGCAGGAAGCAGUGCUGCUGCACCACAGAUGCUCAACGACACAGCCCGGGCCAGCGAAUGCUAGACGACAAUCAGUGAUGCAACUACAGCGUAUUGGACUCUUGGCGGUUCCCAUGGUUCCCAUGAGAGUUCCCAUGGUUCUUUUUUUUACAGUUUAAUCAGUGGAAUAUGGUGGAUUUUUCUAAUUGAAGUGAACACAUCACACAAAGGUUUUGAAGCUGUUCUCUUCUUGUGCAUGAUCCAUCCUUACUGGCGUUUUACAGCAGUGGAUUAGAAAAGGAGAGCAGAGUGAAAUGCAUAUGGUAGAUAUUUGAUUACAAAAAAAACAAAAUAUUGUGAGCUCACUUGCGUUGUCCUUUUUAAGGCUUUUAAUAUGUAUGUAUAUAUAUAUGUGUAGUCUACACAGAGUUGAGAUGUCACUGUGCUUGAAAGUAUCACUGUAUUCGUCAUGAGUGAUUGGUACCAUAGUAUUUUGAUUUCAUGUUUCUAAGGGUGCAUCCACGAAUAUCGCCAUGGAUACAAAUUUCAUAGCCUUGCUGGUAUUUUUGCUCAGCACUGUCACUACAGUUUUGCAAAUGAACAUGUAAACAGCAUAGAUGUUUUUGUUUUUGUAGAUGUUUUGCUCUGUCUAAACUUCAUUAACAUUAAAGUCGAUAUUAAUGUAUCUUUUUCAAUUGUGAACAUCUAAUUCCAAUCUUAGAAUCAAACAAGAAUCAAACAAGAAUUAAACAGUGAAUGUUGAAA